GCCAAGCUUUUGCAUUUUGACCUCCAUUGGUGGUGUGGGGGGCUGCAAACGUGCCCUGUGUAUCACUCGCGCCUGGCAGCAGAGCGAUUUCCAUCGCUGCUGGCUGUAAGCUCUCUGGGAGCCCUCACGUGACAGUGCUAGCACCGCGCACGUGCAGCGCUCGCGGCUCAUCGGCAAGCAGCCAUCCCGUUUCGCAACGCGAAACCACAUGACCAAGUCGCUGCUAGCCUUUCACCUGCUCCUCAUGCGCGUCGCGGCCGCGCUGGCGCCGCGCGUCGGAGGCGUGCGCGCCGCCACGACCGCACGGUUCGCCGCCGCCGCGCAAGCAAGCAACCCACAACCGGAAGUUGGCAUCUCCUUCACGGUCGGCGGGCUCCUGUUCCCGUACCAGCUCGGCGCCGCCAAGGCCCUCUACGAGGCCGGCGUCGCGUCGCCGGCGACGCCCUUGGCGGGCGCGUCGUCGGGCGCCAUCGUCGCCGUCGUGGCGGCCCUCUCAGAAACGGGCUCUCCCACGCUCGACGACUCGCUGGAGGCUGCCUUACGGGUCAACGGAUACUGUCGAGAUAGGGGAGGCAUGCGCGGCCAGUACUACGAUGCUCUGAGUCUGGAAGCGGACCGGCUGCUCGACGGCACGUCCGCCGCGCGACUAUCAAACCGCCCGGCCAAGGUGAGCGUAGCCGUUACGCAGUUCAAGCCAUUGCCAACACCGCUGCUCGCGUCGUCAUUUACGGAUCAGGACGACGUCAAGCGGGCGCUCCUGGCCACGUCGUGCAUUCCCUUCUACUUCAAGGGCGCGCGGCCGUUCGUGACUUUUCGCGGUGCGCCGGCCGUCGACGGUUUUUUUGCCGUGGAGCGGAAGUACUUCGGCGCGCCGGAGUGUGACGCACGGCGGACGAUCCGGGUCUGCCCGUUCCCCGCAGCGACGAUAGGGCUCGAGGCGGACGACGUCAUCGCGCCGUCGGAGGCGUCGCUGGGGAGCCUGCUACAGUGCGCGCUCGGCGCGCCGCCCGUGGACGACUCGUAUUUGGAGGGGCUGUUCGCGCGCGGCGCUGCGGACGCUGGAAAGUUCAUUGAUACUAAGUUGUAG